UAUUAUUGUGUCUUAAUACUUCAGCAUUUAAUAAGAGAAUUUAAUUUAUGUAAUUUUUUUUUUUUUUAAGAGAAAAGUGUGUAUAGAAUUAACAUAAAUAUGCCAUUAGAAUCAAUUGUGGAUCCUACGAUAAGAGUAAAACCAUCCGUAAAAUUGAUAAAUUUUAUCUUGAACAAUGUAAAAAACAUAGACAAUGCACCGGAUGGUAUUGCAUCGUUACGCAAAUCUAAAAAAUCUAAGAAAGAAAAGAUUGCAAAUGUUAUAUUAAAAAUCGAAGAUCUUAGGUGGUUACAUAAAUAUUUAAUUGAGUAUAGAAAAAGUGCAACAGAAAAGAUUUAUUUGCAUGAACUUUUUGAUGAUUCCAAUGUGAUAUUACCAACUCCAAAGGAGAUACCACGAAAUCCAGAAUUGGAGGCUAGAAUACAAAAGUUGACAGCGCAACAAAAUAGUAGGGAGUAUCAAGCAAUGACAAAGAGCGUUGAUUCCAUUCGGAAAUUUCUACCAGAAGACAGCAUUGCAUAUCAAAUGAAGCAGAUAAAUAAACAACUGAUCGCUGUUGCACAAUUUGUAUUUUCUGUAUUAGCUGGCUUUGCCUUUGGAUUCAUAGGAGUAGAACUCAUAGUUGGAAAUUUAGACUUUGGAUUUAGAUUACUCCUGGGUAUAAUUUGCGCGCUAAUCAUAGCGUUAGCUGAGAUCUAUUUUCUAGCUGUAAAAUUAAAUGAGGAUGUCUUGGAUGUUACAUCUAUAUCAAGAAAAAUGCAUCAAGACUAAUACUAUAACCCAAGUAUCUUAAACAUACAUAUAUUAUAAGAACAACCAAUUUAAAUAUUAACACGUAAAUUAAUCAACAAGUUCAUAUUGUACACGUAUAAAAUUUUUAAGAAACGUGCCGUACAUAUACCGCUAAUAAUUGUUACAUGAUAUGAAAUUUUAAAGGCCAA